AUGUGGACAUUGCAUCUGCGCAGCAUUGGAAGAAGACUCAGCUACUAUUGCUUCCUCCAACAGUCGUCCAAGUCAUCCAUUAUCACCAAAAUCUUCAUCAUCGAAAUCGAACGAGGUCUUUCCAAUGCCGUCGCAAUAUCCAACCAAGUCAAGUUAGAGCUCUGUGAACGUGGCAACACGGACUGGUACGAUGCCACCCCAGUAUGUCAAGGGUACCGCAAGUGUAGCUACACAAACGAUGCCACUCAUGCUCGCAUCCCAUCCAAUCAAGGCAAAAAUAUUAUACCCUCCGCCAUCUUGCCGCCCUUGUGCGAUUCACCCGGUGAGCCUUGUUCUCCCAUCUCCGAUCCUUUCAGCUCGCAUAUCCGGAACCUAGAAACCAUGCUCGACGAAAUCGAGAAUUUCCUUCUCCAUCUCAACUCAUCCCAGCAUCUCAACAAAGCCAGCAUUCCCAUCAAGCUGGGACAUUACGGAAUUAUAGCCAUGGACAUGCGUCAUCAGGCGCAGACUCUGAAUUUUAAUGAGAUGCGAGAAAGCUUCGAUGCUGAUGUGUCUGGAGAAGUGUUUGCAGAACAUUUCUUGACUGCAGGGUUUUGCUUCUUGUGUGCCCUGGUUUCGAUUUUUGGAAUCGUUCAGUAA